AUGAAAGAAGUCUGGAACAAAUUGUGCCCCCAAUUCGACGAUUGUUUUCAUGGCUUUAAGGGUGAUGACAUCGCCAAAGCCACGCAAGCUGUGGUCAAUAUUGGCAAUGCACUACAAUUGGACAUGGAUGAAAAUGAUGUUGCAGUGUUACCUGAGUCCCAUUCCAAGGAAUUGGGCAAUAAAGACCUUUCGGAGAUGCAGCAGAAAGCACAUGAGGAAGAAGAAUGGGACAUAAAAUCUCCAGAACCAAAAAAGUUUGUGAUGAAAGAGUUAGCCAAAGGUUUUCAUCUCGUUGAAGCAGCAAUGGGAAAGAUUGAGGAGCAAGAUCCUAACCCGGGCAGGUUCACAAAGGUUUACCAUGCAGUUACUGGGGCUCUCAGUGGCUACAAGGCCAUUUAUGAUGAGAAAAAGAAAACAGUGCUACAAAAAACCCUUGAUGACUACUUCGAGAAAGAAACUCCACAUUUCAUAAUCUCCAGUUCCAGCUCUGCAUCAGCCCCGCUCAAGAGCAGAGGGAUGAGUAGCUGUGCAGAGAACCUGAAGGGCUUCCUAGCCCGAGUAGAGGCUAAGGCAAGUCAGGAGAAGGGGCAGCUAGCUGAAGAAUUCCAGGAAAUCAGGGCUCGGACUGUAGCAUUCCAGCAACAGCAGGGCAUUUCUGUGGAAGCUGGGGGCCGGAAGGAGAAUAUCAAGAAGAACCGUUACAAAGACAUCUUGCCAUAUGAUCAGACCAGAGUUGUUCUGAACUUACUGGUGGAAGAAGGCCAAACAGACUACAUCAAUGCCAACUUCAUUCAGGGUGUGGAUAACAAGAGGUGCUACAUUGCAACCCAAGGACCUCUUGCUCACACAGUACUUGACUUCUGGAGGAUGAUUUGGCAAUACAGGGUGAAGGUGAUUGUCAUGGCUUGCCGGGAAGUGGAAAUGGGCAAGAAAAAGUGUGAACGCUAUUGGCCUUUGGCAGAGGAAACCUUGCACUUUGGGCCCUUUUCAGUGUCACAGGUCAAGGAACAGGAGCUCAAUCCUGAUGUCAUUCAGCGAAUGCUUUCUUUGACAUUUCAUCAGGAGGAACAUGUUAUUGCCCAUUUCCAGUACAUGGCCUGGCCAGACCGGGGCAUCCCAGACACUUACGGUCACUUCCUUGAUAUGAUUGAGUAUGUGAGAUGUAAGCAGGGUGAGGACACCGUACCCAUCUGUGUGCAUUGCAGUGCUGGCUGUGGCCGGACAGGUGUCAUCUGUACACUGGAUUAUAUACGGCAGUUGCUACUCAAACAGAGGAUCCCUCCUCAUUUCAACAUUUUUGAUAUCGUCUUACAAAUGAGGAAGCAGAGACCAGCUGCUGUUCAAACCCAGGAGCAGUACCAGUUUGUCUAUCAUGCUGUUACUGAAAUGUUCUGGGCUGCCCUGAACUUCUCUAACAAAAAGUAUGAAAACAUCAAAGAGAACAGUCUAUCGCUCUAUGACGACGCCCUCUCCCUCCGACACCCUGCGGCUCCCCUGCUCAAAAGAAGCACCAUCCUCCGGAGUAUCUCGGUGCCAGCUGAACCAACCCCCUCAGCACUUCCAGACUUGCCACCAAAACUCACCAGGAACAUGGGAGACACCUAUGCUGUGGUGAACAAAUUCCGGCAGAGCAAGGCGGGAGCAUCUCCUACCAGUGAGGCCAAACCUGAUUCAGAGCCACCCCAGUAUGCUGCCGUGAAGCCUUGGAACAGCAGUAUGCUCGACCCCGCAGCGAUUGACCCCACUGCCUUUGUGGGGUUACAGGCCAGCCACUCGCUACCUGGGAGUCCUGUACGGCGGCUGUCUCCCAGCACAGCCUGCGAUUACUCCAGCUGUAUCUCAUCUCUCUCAGGUGAUUCCAGUUCCAAAGCUGCCACCUCCCCUUCUCAAGCUAAUGGGACUGGAAAAACCCUCUUGAGAAAUCUGAUGCCCCCGGCUUUUACAUCAUCACCAGUGAAGAAAGCUCCACUAUCUCCCCGGACUCCCUCUGCGCAAACAUAUGAAGAAGUGGGUGAUACCACUCCCAGGGGCGGCUCAAAUGCUGUGGGGGUCCCUGCCAAUGCAAUGGGCUUUAACUUCCGCAUUGGGAAGCCCAAAGGACCCAGAGACCCUCCUGCUGAGUGGAGCCGAGAAUAGAUGCUUUGGAGAAAAUGAGAGACAAAAAGGGACACUGCUGCAGCCAUGGAGUGACAGGCUGGACUGGACUGCUUCGUGCUCACCCUGCGGGAGGGAGUGGAGGCACAAACUGAGCAGGUUGUCCUCCGGAGCCAUGGAGCACACUGGAGCAGCUGCAGUCACUACACCUCAGGAAUUUCUGAGCCAGAAGAGACCUCCGAGGGGUGGCAGUCACCGAAAGCGUCCAUUAGGAAACCAAGAUCCUUCCCUCAGCUUCUCUUCAGCAGAUUUUGAAUGGUUCUGGGGUCAGAGAAUAAACUUGGCUUUCAGAUUUU